AUGACUGGUGGUGCAACUCAAAAAGGUGGUUCUGCAAAGGCCAGUAAAAAGGCCGUGAAUAAACAAAAAUACAUUAUUGAUGCAUCAGCACCUUCUCAGGAUAAGAUUUUUGACUCAGCAGCUUUUGUAAUGAAAAUUAAUGGUCGUACAGGUCAAUUAGGUGAAUUUGUCUCUAUAAGUCGUAGCGAAGAUCAUAAAAUCACAAUCACCACCAAUUCUCAUGUUUUUUCCAAGCGAUAUAUGAAAUAUCUUACCAAAAAAUUUAUGAAACAACAUCGUAUUCGUGACUGGUUGCGUGUUGUUGCUACUGAUCCGUCUCAUACAAUUAAUGAGAACUGGUCAGAUUAUAAAGAAAGUUUAAAAGUGAGAGUAGAUAUCCCAUUCCAUUCUAAAGGUUCAAUAAAGAUUACAUCCUGUGUAAAAAUUCCUAUAUCUAUACAAUUAUGUGAUGAUGGCUUUAAGAGGCAAGGAUAUUUUCAUAAAAGAAAAACUUUCAGAUAUUCAUUAGAUAUAACUUUUAUAACAGAAAAUUGGAUGGCUACUAAAAGCGUUGAAAAUCCUCACGAAGAACAACAAAAAACAUUAUUAAACAGAAUUGUCUCUAAUGUAAAAAAACUAAACGACGUUCUAGAAGAUAUGAAUGGUCGAAUUCAG